AUGCAAGUUCAUCCAGCUCAGUAUAUUGCGCCUAUUGCCCAGCCUUCCGCAGCACGAGCUCCUGUCUCAGAUCAGGCACCAGCGAUCUCCAUGCCUCCAGCGGGUUUCAGAAACAUCUUGAACUCAGCAGGGGAUGGGAGUAACCGCUACCAAAAGCUUGGCAAUCAGGGAGACACCAAGGCUUCCGGCCCGUUGACAAACGAAGUGCAACGCCUACAGAAGCAUAUUGAAGCCAAGAUGGCGGAUUUGGCCGAGGAGCCCAACAGCAGAAUCUUGCGUCGCGACCUCCGCCGCCUUCAAGACAGACUGAACCUUGCCCUCAACAAGGCUAUCACAGCGAGCAGAAAGUCUCACGCGAGACAAGUAUCGCUCUCCACUUUUAGCAGCUUUUCUCAACCGGCCCCUGAUAGUCAUAAAACUGCACAAGAAAAAGACUUUCAGCAGAGCCGGAAGCGAGAGCAAUGUGGCCAACGAGAUGUGAGUCCUCAGCGCAUCGAACGCCAUCACGUUUGCACGGAGUGUGGAAACACUCGGUCAGCGCUUUACCACAAGAGGUUUCCUGUUGGCCCAGGACCAUCCACUAAGAUUAAUCUCUGCGAAAGCUGCCGAGAGAUGGAAUACAAACGAGGUGUCAUUCGUCAAUACCACUUCUGUUCCAAUUGUGGAAGCGCGAGGUCCAAGGCAUUUCAUGCCCAGCACCCAGUCUUUCCGGGGGAGCCAAUCUUCACAAACUAUUGCGAUGCCUGUGUGCUGGAGUUCCACUACAAUGGAAGUCUGCCAGACGACUCUGUAAUUGGACUGGCCCCCAGACUGAAGGACCACAUAGCCAGGCGAGCUGCCAUUAAGAAGGAAGAUGACAUGGAUUCUCUGACUGUAAAUCGCCAUCGGAAUCGCAAGAAAGGAGAACGGAAUGUCUCCAUUGACCAGAACGAGGCCACCGAGUACGAGAAAGCGGCUUCUACAGUCGAGAAGGUCCGUGGAAGGUGUCCUGAACCACGAGAGGCCAGAGGCACUGUCAUUUCCCCGGAGUCUUCUUACUGUCCCUCGAGAAAUACAGGGUCUUCCGGCCGCCGAGCAGAGCGGAAGUCAUCGAGAGAAACCAACACUGAUCCUCCUCCUCCUCUCCCUCAGAAGGAAAGCGAAAAGCGUCCUCGGAAUUACCAGGCACCAUAUGUUGAAGACUCGGUUUCGACGGCUCACUCUAAAGGAGAUAUGCACAUUAAUAGCCACGAAGGCGAAAUGGCUGGCCAGAAGUCUGCGAACAAGGUUUACGAGCCAUGGAAAACUCUUCCGCAUGACUUUGUCCUCAAGUCCGCAAUGGCCAGUGAUCGCUCGUCUUCAGACGGCUCUGGAAAAAUUCGAAAUGCCACAGAAAAAGAACCGUGUCGACAGCGCGGGAAGUCUCUUGACUCUGAACGAUCUGACCCGAGCUCCUCCAGGUCAUCCGGUAGUAAGACUGUGAGAUUCAAGAAGUCUGUUGAUGUUCGUACUCCAUUGACUUACGAGGGAAAUACUGAGUUCUCGGAGCCUGAGUCUCCCACCAGAAUGAGGCUGCCAGGAUCUCCUCUCAUCUCACGCCAGAAACCAUCAUAUUACAACAGCUAUUCUCCUGAAAGAAAGGCCACAGACAAGUACCUUCAUCCUCACUAUGGCCAAACUUCGAGGAAUAGUUCUGUACCCAAGCACGAAAGCUUGCGGACACCAGACGACUUUCAGCCAGGAGCACCUUCGAAGGGCUACUCCCAGGGUGCUUUCAGCAAAGAUUUUGAUAACGGCGCAGACUGGGAUUCCUUUCGAAAUCCUGCGUACUCAUGCGUAGAGCAGUAUGCAGAUGACAGCCCCCUGCCUGAACAUCAUGAGACAGACGAAGGAUUCCAGGCGCCCAUCCCCAAGUUUCACGACUACAGCUACCAUGAUCAGUGUAUGGAGUCCACCGCCUCUCUCCCAUCCCGUACAUCUUCAGGGAGCGUGUUUUCGUCCUUCUUCAAGAAGAAAAAGAACAAGUCAUCUUCUGUUCCCCCAGGCGUUCGAGCAGGCUCAUACCCACCAAGUCACAACUUUAACGAGACUGCCAGAGACAAUUAG